AAGUGGAAUGCUGCGUUCACGUGCUUCACUAAAACUCCUUCGAAGUUGGACUUUACUGUUCCAGAACUGGUCAUCCGUAUUGUAAUUCUGUGCUUUGGGAAACGGCCUCGGCACAACAACCAGAAUGGCUCCUCAAAAGAACCGAGUUUUCGUCAUUGGAGUGGGAAUGACAAAGUUUGAGAAGCCAGGAAAAGAAGACUUUGACUAUCCUGAUAUGGCAAAGAUUGCAGGUGAGCGAGCCUUGGCUGAUGCUGGCGUCCCCUACUCUGCAGUAGAGCAAGCAUGUGUGGGCUAUGUGUAUGGUGACUCCACCUGCGGUCAGAGGGCCAUCUACCACGGCCUGGGCCUUUCAGGGAUCCCCAUAGUUAACGUCAACAACAACUGCUCCACAGGGUCCACUGCCCUGUUCAUGGCCAGGCAGCUGGUCCAGGGAGGUCUGGCAGAUUGUGUGCUAGCCCUUGGCUUUGAGAAGAUGGAGAGAGGCUCCUUGUCAUCAAAGUACAUGGACAGGACUAACCCUAUGGACAAGCACAUGGAGGUGAUGUUAAACAAAUAUGGCAUGGCCGCAGCACCAGCAGCACCGCAGAUGUUUGGCAACGCCGGUAGAGAACACAUGGAGAAAUUCGGUACAACACCAGAACACUUUGCCAAAAUAGCAUGGAAGAACCACAAGCAUUCCACCAACAACCCGUACUCUCAGUUCCAGGAUGAGUACACCCUAGACCAGGUCAAGCAGUCCAGGAAAGUCUUUGAGUUCCUGACUCUACUCCAGUGCUGUCCUACCUCAGAUGGUGCAGGGGCAGCAGUUCUAGCCAGUGAGGACUUUGUGAGGAGCCGUGGCCUGGAGGGUCAGGCUGUGGAGAUCUUGGCCCAGGAGAUGGUCACAGACGUGGCUUCCACCUUCCAGGACAACAGCUGCAUAAAAAUGGUUGGUUAUGACAUGACAUCCCUGGCAGCCAAAAGGUGUUUUGAGACAUCGGGUCUGAAGCCCACUGAUGUAGAUGUGAUCGAACUGCACGACUGUUUCUCCGCCAACGAACUGAUCACAUACGAGGCCCUGGGGUUGUGCCCAGAAGGUAAGGCAGGGGAGCUGAUUGACCGAGGGGACAACACGUAUGGGGGCCAGUGGGUGGUCAACCCCAGUGGAGGACUUAUCUCUAAGGGACACCCUCUUGGAGCUACAGGUCUGGCUCAGUGUGCGGAACUGUGCUGGCAGCUGAGAGGCCAGGCUGAGAGGAGACAAGUCCCGGGGGCAAAGGUUGCCCUGCAGCACAACAUUGGUUUAGGUGGAGCUGUGGUCGUCGCUCUUUACAGGAUGGGGUUCCCUCAGGCUUCCAGGCCCCAGAUUGCUGCGGUGCCCACCAGUGCUGACAACAGCCUGCAGGGCUUCAAAGCCUACUCUGUCUUCCAGGAGAUAGAGAAGAAACUGAAAGAGGAAGGAGAGGGGAUUGUAAAGACGAUCGGAGGAGUUUUUGCCUUCAAGGUGAAGGAUGGCCCAGAGGGGAAAGACGCUGUGUGGGUCGUGGAUGUGAAAAAUGGACGAGGUUCUGUGAGCAACGACGCAGAUAAGAAGGCAGACUGCACUAUCGCCAUUGGAGAUGAAGACUUACUAAACCUGAUGACCGGCAGGAUGAAUCCACAGACAGCUUUUUUUCAGGGUAAGCUGAAGAUCACUGGGAACAUGGGAAUGGCCAUGAAGCUCCAGAGUCUGCAACUGGCACCAGCAAAAGCCAAGCUGUAAUUGGCUGAAAGGACCCCAGCUCUGGAAAUCCUGCCAUAAUGUUGCAUUCUCUCUCCUUACCUUUUCUGAGUCCAGUCCCCUCCCUCUUCCUGAACUAUUCAGAUUUACGCUUAAUUUACCUUUUCUCUCUAUCCUUUCCGCUGUUUCUGACUAACUCUAUAUUGGAGACCAACAAAAGACACCAUGGUGGAAAAUGUAUGUUGGGAAAAUAUAACAGCCUGAAGUGUCCUGUAACCUUAUUAAUAAUGAGAUCUAGCAGUUGUAUUGUUUUAUUAAUGAUUAGGAUUUGUUCAUGUUUCAGAUGACCAAUGUGAAGCUCAAUACAGAUUCUAUUUUAUAAUAUUCAUUCUUAUUGUGUGGUUCUGCUACCAAUGGAAAUUGAAUGGCAUUCUCUUUGGACUCUUGGAUGCUCUGUUUAUAAACUGCUUAUGAAACUGUUGGUGUCAAGAAACGGAAAACAUUAUCUUUAAGACUCAACUAAUCAGUUUGAUCUGCGGUUAAAGUGGCAUCUUAUUCCCUGAAGAGUGCACCACUUCUGAAUACUUUUUCUUCUGUUUAUCCCAAAUAGCUCCCUAUUUCCUUUAUAGCCCCAAGUGCCCUGUGUGCAUUAUAUGGGGAAUAGGGUGAAACUUGGGUGGGUUGCCACAGUGUUCUACCAGAGCAGGGCAGUGAGUGAAUUGCCUGCUCUCAUACCUUUGUGCCCACAAUGAUAUUGUGUCCCAAACGGCACUCUAUUGCCUUUGUAGUGGGAAUAGAGCACUAUUUUGGUGACACUGUCAUUGCAAUGUGUUUUAUGUUGGUGUAGUGAAUAGUGUUAGUAAUAAUUUAACAGUUUGUGACAAUACUGCAUUAACAACACUGUGUGCCUCUGCUGUCCACACACUGACAUUUCUAAUGUGACCAGAUUCUAAAUAAUGAUUUGUUACAGAAUGUAUACCUAUAAAUGACUUGAUGGCCUAUUGAUUUGUAUUAAAAAUAUAUAAACUCACA